AUGGUUAUUUUUGCCAUUCUCUACUCCAUUAUUAUUCUUUGUGGUCUCGUUGGAAAUGUAUGUGUAAUUUUAGCUAUCACACGCAAUAGAGCUCUACAGACAGUUCCAAAUCUUUUUAUUCUAUCACUAUCGUGUUCUGAUGUUGCUGUGUGCUGCAUUUCUGCAACAAUUACUCCUAUAACAGCUUUUCGGAAAGAGUGGAUUUUUAGCUCCAUGUUGUGUCGCACUGCUCCUUUUAUAGCGGGUAUCAGCUUAUGUUUUUCCACUUUCACGUUAACUGCCAUCUCCAUUGAUCGAUACCUACUGAUACGGUUCCCGACGAGGAAGCCGUUAAUGCAUUAUCAUGCAUACUUAGUAAUUACCUUCAUAUGUGCUCUGGCUGCAUGUAUUUCUUCUCCUAUAAUAUUUCGGCAAAAACUUUCAACAUUUGAGAAUUUCUGCGGGCAGUACUGCACUGAAGAUUGGAGCGAUAGUGAAAGUCAACGUAAGUUGUAUGGAGCUGCCCUACUUUGCGUUCAGUUAGUAGUGCCGCUACUUAUCAUAAUUGUCUCGUAUACUGCAAUCUCACUUCGCAUUAGUCAGCGAGGCAACAGUGCCAACGUGGAUGUACAGCUUACCGAUCAGCAAAGAAUGGCCCUGAAGAGAAAGCAGAGAACGAAUCGAAUGCUCAUUGCUAUGGUGGUCGCUUUCUCAGUAAGCUGGAUAUGGUCGGUGACAUUUAAUGUGCUUCGAGAUUAUGAUUACUUACCAUGGAUGAUCAAGAAACAGGAGUACCUAUUUGGAAUCGCAACUCAUUGCAUUGCAAUGACUUCUACGGUGUCUAUCCUUAUUCGUUUUCUUUCUAUUCUUCAGUUUGACAUUCUUUUCGCAAAUCUUAUUGUUCUAUAUUUAUUCGUGUUUUUAGGUCUGGAACCCACUCUUAUACGCCGCUCUAAACCUGCAGCUAAGAGCUGCCUUCAUUGA